AUGGCGUUUUUUAUUUUAGUACCUAGGAGAAAAGUAGAAGGAGAAAAUCAAUACAAUACGAAGAACGACGACCGUCCAGGACCUUGUUUGCUGAGUCGACCUUGUCCCAAGAGUGCAGGUCCAAGUGAGCCAGUCAGUCAAGCGGUCACAGAGUCGUGGAUUCGGUCCACAGAGUGGAUUCCAUCGUCCUGCCUGCUGCUACCUGCGAUCCAAGAGAAAAGUGAAGAGAAGAGAAGGAGGACAAGGAAGAAAUCCCCUCCGGUACUUGCAGGUUCGGCGGUUGACGACGAAUUGCUGCUUUGUGCCAUGAUGGAGCGGCAGUUGCGCGAGAUUGAGGCGCAACAUGGUAUCUUGACGCGUCGUGAAGUUCUAGCGGCGAUCGUCCGUGAACAUGCGAUCAAGAGUGAACACGCUGCGGCCGAAUACCCGUCGAUCUUUGCUGCUGCUGUCGCGCCGGGAGUGAAUUUGCAGUAA